UAAUACUUGCAAUAUAAAAAUAUAAGUGAGACACAAAUCAAAAUCUUCCAUCGAUAAAAGGUCGUCUAUUUACCAACAUGUUUAGCAAGAAAAAAGAGAAUCGUAGUCCAAUGGAAAACCACAAUUCAUCCCAUGUGACGGUGGUGAUGGUGCCGCUUGCGGCGCAGGGUCAUCUGAACCAACUCCUCCACCUCUCCCGCCUCAUCGCCGCCCACAACAUACCCGUCCACUACGUCGGCGCUACCACCCACAUCCGGCAGGCCAAGCUCCGCCUCCACGGCUGCGACCUUUCUUCCAACAUCCAUUUCAUAGAAUUCCCAAUUCCCCCCUUCACCACCCCACCCCCCGACCACUCCCUCAAAUUCCCUUCGCAGCUCGUCCCCGCCCUCACCGCCACCACCCACCUCCGCCGCCCCGUCCACGCCUUCGUGGGCGGCCUGUCCGCGGCCUUCAGGAGGGUCAUAGUUAUCUAUGAUGUCCUCAUGUCUUAUGUCGUGCAAGACAUGGCUUCUAUCCCCAAUGCCCGUUGCUACCUUUUCCGUAGCUUCUCCUGCUUCUGCACCUGCGCCUGGGAAUCCCGAGAAUUGCCGGAUCUCCCACCCGCCGCCGCUGGAAUUCUCAACCAAAUACCCUCCGUCAAAGGCUACUACUCCAAGGAAUUUCAAGAUUUUCUCGAUUUGCAAUUCGGCGCCAAGAAGGUUUCCUGCGGAGAAAUCAUCAAUUCAUGCAGUGAAAUCGAGGGUUUAUAUCUAGAUUUGUGGGCGCAGGGAAUUAACAAAAAGGGGGGUUUAACUUUAUGGGCGAUGGGGCCAUUCAAUCCUGCGAAAAUCUCACGAAAAUCCGAUCACGAAUGCUUGAAAUGGCUGAACAAACAGCCGCGGAAUUCAGUAAUCUUCAUUUCGUUCGGGACGACGACGACGUUUUCCGAGGAACAAAUGGGAGAGAUCGCGGCGGGGUUGGAGAGGAGCAAGCAGAGGUUCAUUUGGGUGGUGAGGGGUGCAGACAGGGGCGACAUCUUCACCGGAAAUUCGCAGCAGAAUCAGCAGGUGCCUGAGGGGUUUGAGGAGAGGGUUGGAAGGAGAGGGAUUGUAGUGAGAGAAUGGGCGCCGCAGAUGGAGAUAUUGGGGCACCCGUCGACGGGGGGUUUCAUGAGCCACUGCGGCUGGAAUUCAUGCUUGGAGAGCAUCACUAGCGGCGUGCCCAUGGCGGCCUGGCCGAUGCACUCUGACCAGCCAGCCAAUGCCGUGCUGGUGGCCAGGGUGCUCGGGAUCGGCGUUGAGGUGGUGGAGACCUGGACUCGACAAGGUACCGGGGCGGUGAAGGCCGGCCGGGUCGAGGAGGUCGUGAAGAGGCUGAUGGUGAGCACGGAAGGGGAUGGGAUGAGGAAACGCGCGGCGGAAUUGGGAGCAAGGGUCAGGAAUUCGAUUCUUCAAAGUCGCCAGAUUCAAGCCUUUAUUUCUCAUAUUACUAAUACUACUUGGUUUUAGUUGAACCAUGUUUGCAACUGCAAAAUGGAGUAAUGUUAUCGGAAUCAUUCGAUAAGACUUAUGUAAAAGAGUUGAAUUUUGACA